GGUUAUUUUUUUUGAAGCGCGGCCGAAGGCCGCCAGUGCGGAAAGGAGUUCGACGAUCUCCGAUAUUCGUCCAUACCAUCAGAUCGCGGCGCAAAAGAAAUUGUGACUGUUACAAUUCUUCAGUAUAUUUUUUUCAUAAGAAAAUGUUUAACACGCUGAACUGGUAAUUACAGCUAAGUGAUCUAAAUUCUACAGAAUUUUGCCGCUACAACAACAACUAAGUUACUUGAAUAUGUGAUACAUAUGUGGAAAGUAUGUUAAAUCAAUUUUGAUAAAUAUACAUAAAUUAUUGAAAAAAUUCACUUUCCGCUCACGGAUUUGUAAUCUACGCGUAAAAAUUAACGAUUUAAAAAAAAUUUUAUUUUUGAGGCCUCCUUAGUUGGGGGACCUAAACUAUACAUUUUCCAAAAUAAUUUCUAUUUCAUAAAUUAAAAUAUUUCUCAACCGGUACUGCAAAAUAUUUUAAUGAAAAAUGGUUAGAUUUUUUGGAGAAUAUAUGUAUAAGUACAUAUAAAAUUAAAUUAAAUAUCUUUCGUGGUGAAUCCACUUUAUGAUUUGAGUUUCUAUAGCUUACACCGCAUUAUUUGUCAAAGCAAAAUCUUUUGUCUCUGAAAAAAAUUGAAUUUUUCAAGAAGUUAAGACAGAAAAAUUAUUAUUUGUGAAAAAACGACAUCAUCCGUUUCAAAUUUGUAAAAUUAACAAAGAAGAGAGAUACAACGAAGGGACUUGAACGCAUACCAAUAGCAUAUACAAUUCUACUAAUCCAGACUAUAGGCUUAAAUAUCUUUAAUAAACAUUGUUUUUUAACGGAAAUAAGAAGAGAGAAGUUAAUUUAAAUUAAGGAAUUGAAGUGUUAAGUAGAGAGAAAAUGUUUAAAUGACAAAAAAUCUAAACCAAUGAUUGAGAAAAAUAGGUACAAGAGACAACAACGUCGUUUUGAGGGGAGUAGAAAAAGCGGAAAUUUAAUAAUUAAAACGCCAAAAUCCUAAUAGCAGCUAACGAAAACUUGCAAUAGUAAUCAAUCUUAGAUUAUACUGUACUUCAUUAAAUCACGAAAGCUUGCGAUAAGAAGAUAUUUUUUGACCGUUCGUCCCAUUACGAACAUUAAAGGCAAAUCGGCAAAUCAAUGCCCAAGGAUAAUAAACCUGGAGCACAAGAGCGUCAAAAAAGUUUUCUAUUCACGAACAGCCAAAACUGUCAUUCGCCUAGCAGUUCUGUGAAUAGUGGUCGCUAUCGCAAAUUUUUUAUACGUGGACGCACAACAGUGGGUGUACAGGGUUCAACAGCAGCUAGCAGUGCUGCACGUGAACAACGCUGCACAUUACAAUCAUCUCCACAAUAUGCUGGUGCUAGUACAAGCUUGCUACAUGUCGGGACUGUUUGCAGCGUGUCCGUGGGCUUAAAUUCUAAACAUCAAAAACUCACUGAAGUUCAACGAAAGUUCCCUCUUUGGUUGCCGGAGUACAAAACGAACGCUUUUAAUGCUUCUAUGGAUGAAAAAUAUGUUGAAUCGAUUUGGGCGAGCUUAAAAAAUGCUAUACAAGAGAUUCAGAAGAAAAAUAACUCUGGCUUGUCUUUUGAGCAGUUAUAUCGGAAUGCAUAUAAUAUGGUGCUACAUAAACAUGGUAAUCGGUUGUAUUAUGGCUUGCGUGAAGUGGUCUCCGAACACUUAGAACAAAAAGUACGACAAGAUGUGCUGGAAAGUUUACAUAAUAACUUUCUUCCUAAGUUAAAUCAGGCUUGGAGUGAUCAUCAAACUUCUAUGGUAAUGAUACGUGAUAUAUUGAUGUACAUGGAUCGUGUUUAUGUACAACAACGCGAAGUAGAUAAUGUUUACAAUUUGGGUUUAAUAUUGUUCCGAGAUCAGAUUGUGCGUUAUUCAGAAAUUCAAAAGGCUCUACGAGAAACAUUACUCGGAAUGGUUAUGGACGAGCGAAGCGGAGAAGCCAUCAAUCAUUUAGCGAUUAAAAAUGCGUGUCAAAUGCUUAUGUCACUGGGAAUUAAUACGCGAUCGGUAUAUGAGGAUGACUUUGAGAAACCAUUUCUUGCACAAUCUGCAUCUUUUUAUAAGUUUGAAUCACAUAAAUUUCUUAACGAGAACAAUGCGGGUGUUUAUAUAAAAAAAGUCGAGGCACGUAUACAAGAAGAAUCUGCACGGGCUGCCCUAUAUUUAGACAAAGACACUGAACCGCGAAUCGUUAAAGUUGUCGAAGAUGAACUUAUUAAGAAGCAUAUGCGUACUAUUGUUGAAAUGGAAAAUUCUGGUGUUGUUUAUAUGAUUAAAAAUUCAAAAACAGAAGACCUUGCCUGUACCUAUAAACUAUUUUCACGUUUAAAAGAAGAAGGUCUUAAAGUAAUUGCUGAUACAAUGUCAUCGUAUUUGCGUGAACAGGGCCGAAUAUUAGUAAAGGAAGAAGAAAAUGGGAAUACGAAUCCAAUAACUUUUGUACAGAAUUUACUUGAUUUAAAAGAUCGUUUCGAUCAAUUUUUACACCAUUCAUUCAACAAUGACCGAUUAUUUAAAAAUGUAAUAUCAGCGGAUUUUGAGCAUUUUUUAAAUUUAAAUCAAAAAUCUCCCGAAUACCUUUCUUUAUUUAUUGAUGAUAAACUUAAAAAAGGAGGCAAAGGUAUGAGUGAACAAGAAAUAGAAACAAUUUUAGAUAAAACUAUGGUACUUUUCCGAUUUCUUCUGGAGAAGGAUGUUUUUGAACGUUAUUACAAAACUCAUUUGGCCAAACGCCUGCUACUCAAUAAAUCAGUUUCCGAUGAUUUUGAGAAAAAUAUGAUAUCAAAAUUAAAGACUGAGUGUGGAUGUCAAUUUACCUCAAAACUUGAAGGUAUGUUUAAAGAUAUGUCCGUGUCAAACACCAUUAUGGAAGAGUUUAAAAACUAUGUAAAUGUACACAACUUGUCGUUAUCGGGUGUUGAAUUGACAGUGAGGAUACUAACAACAGGAUUUUGGCCCACCCAAACAGCAACACCCAACUGCAAUAUACCUUCUGCCCCCCGUGAGGCAUUUGAAAUAUUUAAAAAGUUUUAUUUGGAUAAGCAUUCAGGCAGGCAGUUAACAUUACAGCCACAAAUGGGUACGGCUUAUAUUAAUGCAAUCUUUUAUGGGCGCAAAGUGGAUAGUGAUAAAGAUAAAGACGGUCCCAGUUCAAGCAUGUCAUCAAGCUCAAAUGGUUGCAUUGUGCCAACAAAUACGCGUAAACAUAUACUACAGGUGUCCACGUAUCAGAUGUGCGUAUUAAUGCUGUUUAACAACCGUGAUUUGUUAACAUAUGAGGAUAUACAGCAGGAAACUGAUAUCCCUGAACGGGAGUUAGUACGCGCUCUUCAGUCACUGUCAAUGGGGAAACCUGCGCAACGAUUACUUGUGCGAAAUUCAAAAACGAAGACAAAAGAUAUCGAUCCAACAGAUGAAUUUUAUGUAAACGAUGCAUUUGUUUCUAAAUUCCACAGAGUUAAAAUUCAAACUGUUGCCGCAAAGGGAGAGACUGAACCAGAACGCAAGGAAACGCGGGGCAAAGUAGAUGAAGAUCGCAAACAUGAAAUUGAAGCAGCUAUUGUUCGUAUAAUGAAAGCAAGAAAACGUUUACCGCACAAUUUGCUUGUAUCAGAUGUAACAUCACAAUUGAAAUCGCGGUUCUUACCGUCUCCUGUUUUUAUCAAAAAACGAAUAGAAGGCCUUAUCGAAAGGGAAUAUUUGGCCAGGACGCCCGAAGAUCGAAAAGUCUAUAUUUAUCUGGCCUAAACUCUCACUUAGUUUUACUCUAAAAAAAAAAAAACAGUAAAAUAGCAGACGUGAAUAGUAAAAAGGGUCUUAAGCAAAGAAAUAGGAACUUUGCUGUAUUGUUGCAUCAUCUUCAUAUGACUUCUUCGCCAUUUCUAAUUUGCAAAAUAAUUUUUGUUUGUACGCUAAAAUUUCGAUCUAAAUACUUGAUUUCGCUGAUCAAUUAUAUUAUUGACUUAUGCUUGUGCGUAAUCCCACUUUCUAAAAAAUUUCUCAUGAUUUUGUUUAGAAGAAAAACAUUAACUAUUACAACUGAAUGCAAAUAAUUACUUAUUACAAGAGUUGAUUGAUUUUUUCAAAUAUCACAACUUUGUCGUCGUUUGGUGUCACUGAUCACGAUGAUAGAAAUUUUGGUUAAAAUGUGGACGCGGUGACAUUCAUUUAAUUAUUAAUUAGUGGGCUACGCACUGUUACGAGAUCAAUUACGAACUUGACCUAUGCGAUGACAACAACCAAUCAAAUGUAUGAAAUGAAAUCUUAGUUAGAAGUUCACAAAGUCCAAAAACUUCAUUUAAUUUGGUGACUUUUUAUUUGGUAAUGUUUAAAAUAUAAUGAAAGGGGUUAAUGAAAAUAAAAUCUACUCAGAUCCAAAUAAA